AUUGUGUAACAGGCUUGAAUGCAUGAAGAUUUGACGGUGAAAGAGACCAUGAUGCGGAAGCACUAGUACUUAUGAAUGGGGAAUCAUGUAGAAGUUCGACGGCCUACCGAAGCCCGAUGCCCAAUGGCCAGUUACAGAUGGUCAUUUGAGAAGACGCCAGGGCAGGUUAGAAUCUAAUAAGCUCUUCGCUGGGACCUGCUCACGAGACAUUUAUCGUGGGCCGCAUCACGGAAGAUGAGAGGUUUUUGCGACCGAGGUUUUGACGAGGCAGGACGACAGGCGACAGUGGAAUGGGGUCUCGCUCGGUGGUGACAGUGGGUGUUGUGUUCAUUGACGAAUUCGGCAUGAUCUGGCCGAAUUUGGAGAGCAGUCCAGUCAUGUUCGUGGCUAUUCUUGCCUUUUAGAGACAGACUUCCCAAGAAUUGAGAUCCAAUAAGGAAGGAAGGGAACUACGAGCGAGGCUACCAAUGCACCUGCUGCAGUUCCCGGCAAUUCUCCGGCAACGGACGGAGAGUGUGGAAGAUCCAAUGCUGUCAUUAACCUCGCUCCUCUUUCUGAUAAGAAGAUAUGUUGCGCACGCCCUUCUGUCCAGGGCUUAUGGGAGGAGUGUGUAGUCAUGCUUGGGGAGGAUGCUUGUACGAAAAGGAUCAAGUAAUGCUUGAGGCCUGAGGAAUUCAAGGACUGAUGAAGAAGGUCGGUUCGGAGAUGGAGAGCGUGGAGAGUGCACUUGAACAACUCAUUCUAGAUGUAGCGCAGAGUAUACGUGGUGCCAAAACCGUCCACACAGUGACUCGGGCACUUCGCUCGGUGGCUUCACUGCUUUGGAGUCCUUACCAAAAAAAUAAUCCUGAGUCUGAACAGAAGAAUGUUGUCGCACCGACAUCUUUGGACCAGCUUGCUGCACUGUGCACAGAAAGAGCUACGAUUGCACAUCCUGAAAUUUCUUGGAAAGAAAUUAUAAAUCGUGUAUUUUUUGGCGGACAAUUUUUUGGCAUCUUCGCUCAACUUCUGCUCCAAGAAGUUGCUGUACAUUGGUUAUCCUGCUUCUCGUUAGCAGAACAGAAAACCUUGUUCGAUGAGUUCUUCAUUCGAGCACCUCUUAAUGAAGCAAUACUAGAGCUGAUACCUGCAUUAAGCCAGGACUAUUUUGUUCCUGUUAGAGAUGACCAUCUGGUUUCGGGUUACGGUGAUGGAGUUAGUGAAGCUAUUGUCGCAGACGAUAUACAUGGUGUCAUCCGUUCUCAAGCCGAAAGGCUGCUGGCUGUUAUCGUCAUCACAACCCAGGGAGUUCAAAAAUUAGCACUUUCUCUUUCCUUCACGUCAGUGAAAUUCCAAGAAGGUGAUGUUAAUCCCGAGGGUAACUUUUCAGCCUUAGGGAGUAAGAAUUCGGAAAUUGCGCAGCUGCUAUCCUCAGUACCUGACAGGGCAAGUUUGCUGGCUCCCUCGACUUUGCAGUCUCCUGUCUACUAUGAAGGGGUUACUAAACAAUUAUUCGCUGCGGCCGAAGAGCACUGGAAGUCCACAUAUGGAUAUACCAGUCCGUCUCAGCCUUCUGUGGAUGACCCAACCAUUAAGUUUGUGGGUGAAGUCCUCGCGAAACUUUGCAGACGUGGGCAGGGAGACGUGAUUGCUUCGCAGAUGGUUCCCUCUCUUGUACGACAUGUGAUUGUUUCUUCAUUAGACAGUCAAGGCGAAGGUGAUACAGCGAAAUUCUCUAGCGUACAGGUGGAUCUAGUCUUGGAGAAGCUGUUAUGUAGCUUUUGGCCUUCCUUGGCUUUAUGUUUUAAGGAUUCAUAUGCCCUGGAGCGGUUGACCGAAGCUUUACUGAGGGAAAUGGCAGCUAGAGCAGAUUUAACAGAUUGGCAAGCCUACUGUGUGCUGCAUGCUUUCUACGGAAACCUUUUCCAGGUUCAAAUAGCGACACGAGCCCUCUUUACCGAGAAGUUAUUACUUUGGAAGGUUCUACCCCUACGCUGUCUAAGAUGGAUUCUUCUCUUCUCAGUGUUGUGCUACCCACCUACUGCAGAAUCUACUCUGCCAAACAGGUCUGGAUAUAGCACAAUCCAGAAGGAUGUUGUGAUGCACCUGGUAGAGGCAUGGGCGAUGAAAGAGUUUGUUCAAUCUAAACCAGUAGAGCAACAGGCCUAUGUGACCGCAGCAGUAGGAUUGUGCCUGGGAGCUAUGAAGAGGAAUGAUGUUCAAAGCAUCGGUGGAUUCGUCCAGUGUUUACUGAAAGGAAUUAGCAAUAGACUCGAUAGCCCCCUUCAUCCCGUACGACAAAUGGCAAAAAGAAUUGCUCUUGAAUUUUCCCUGUCAAUGGAUCCAAGCAAGCCUCUACUUUUAGAUGAGGAAGACACCAUUCAAGAACUCCAGAAUUGGGAGGGACUGAUAGAAAUGGUCGGUAGAAAUCUGAACAGUGUUGCACCACAGAUCGACGAAAAAGAGGCCUUGGAUACGAACAAGUUGACAGGUCGAGUACAUACUACAGUAGUACCAGAGCAAGGUAAUGAUUUUGAACAGGAGAAGUUGGAGCAACGCAGGAGAAGAAAAGAGAAGAAGGAGAAGUUAGCCCUUGAGGAGGAUGACCCAGACGCAGUGGUGACGCUUGACGAGCAUUUCUCUUACGAAGACAGUGAAUUGAGUUCGAAUAUGGACAGUGAUUCAGAUUCAGAAUUCGUUCCAUACGAUAUGCCGGAGGAAGUUGAGGAUAAUUCCAAGGUCAAGGCUCCGACACAACUAGAGGAUUGUGUAACUUACCUAAGGAAGGUUGAUAAUCCAGAAAUGGUCGAGAAAGCACUUCAGGCUGUUGAGAAACUUGUGCUGGCCAUGCCUGAGGAACUGGACCUGCACGCAGCAGAUCUUGCACAUGCUUUGCUGCAUGUUAAGUGUAGCUCUGUUGCUGUCGAAGGUGAAGAGGAUGUUGCAGAGAGAAGACAACAGCAAGCACUUGUAGUUUUGCUCUCAUGUUCACCGGUUAAGACGGUUACAUCACUCACAGCGGAAUUGUUUUCACCCCAUAUAGAUGUGAGCCAGCGUAUCCUAAUUCUUCAAGUGAUGGCUGCUGGGGCACGGGCCAUAGCUUCUGGUGUCUAUGCGAAGAAGAAAGCGAGUGAAAGCAGAGAGAUCCAGUUGAUAGAGAACGUGCCAACAGCCAUGCAAAGCAAUUCAUGGAUGGGACCCGGUGGUGGCCCUCGCCCUCGAGGUGCCGGCCCUUGGAAGGAGGUUUCAUCGCCCUUGCUUGGAGAUAGAUAUGUUGGAUGGGGUAUUAGCUACGAGAGGGAACUUCCUUCUGGAGAUGAUCAGAAAAUCGUGGGAACAUCGCGUAGAUGGGCCCAUCGCUCCAUGCAGCUGCGCGAAGAAGGCAGGAUACAAGGUCCUACAUUACCUCAGAGUAAUACAUUUGCUGCCCUAGCACCAAUGUUCAUGCUGCCAGUGAUGCGGGAGUAUGACGUCAAGAGGCAUGGUGUGGACCUUCUUGGAAGAGAUUAUCUUGUACUUGGAAGCACAUUGUCAAUGCUGGCAGAGUGCAUGAAGUGCAUUGCUUUGCAGCCAGAGGCAGCUCUUUUGGGUGCGGGUCUUUUGGAGCUAUUGAGAUCCAGGGAAAUCUCUAAUCAUAAGGAGCCCUUUGUGCGUAGAGCUGCCUUGUUCGCUGCAGCUUGUGUGAUAGGCGCCUUGAAUCCGUCUGACGUCGUGGCAUCUCUCACGGGCGGAGUCGCAAGCAUGGCCAACAACCUGGAGUGGGUUCGUGAAUGGGCACUGAAUAUCGCGAAUAAGGAUUCUGACAAAGAGUGCACAAUGGUCGCUAUGGCGUGUGUCCAGCUUCACUCCGAGAUGGCAAUGCAAGCUAUGAGAUCAAUUGAAACAUCUCGAGUUUCUGAAAUAAGUCUGGAAUCGAAAUUGACGGCCAGCAGCUCCACGAUUCCAAUUAUCAUGCCCUUUGAGAAAUCACGUAACAUCAUACUCGGACCUUGACAUUGGGAGAGCUUCUAUGCAGGGUCCCUGAAAACAGGUCUAAAGCCCUAGUUGUAUUCUACACCUUUUAGGGAAUUAAAUCUGAUUUUCGUUAGACACAGUAGGCGCCCCAACGACUUGAGGGUAGUCAAUGCUCGAGUCACGAGUGUAUCAUAGUGGCUAGAUGAAGUGAAGAUGAUGCCUAGCAUCUCGUCAAGCGCCAAUGACUUCAAUCACAUUACACUUCUGGAUGACGUUGGGAGUGUUGUAAACUUUGUAAUGGUAGGAGUCCGGUCCAUUACAAAUUCGGUAAAUACAGGAUUCUACUCAAAUAUCUGUG